GAAGCAUCGUUACUGCUUACCGAUCAGCAGGCAGCAAAAACGCGUAAGAAAUGGGGGAGGAAUUCCAGCACGGAACCCCGGCUGUGCGAGGGUCCGCAGGGAAAGCUUAAGAUCCGUAUCCGGCCGGAUCCAUACAAAACCACCGGAAAUCUGGCUUCAUCAGCCACACGAGCAAUAUCACUAAACAAUUUCACCAUCUCCAACCAACCGAUUUGCACUCCACCAAAUCAAAUCCACUUCUAUACUUCCCCAUCAUGUUCACCUUGACUGUUCCUGAGGGCUACGGCGCCGUCAUCGCCGUCGCGCUGGGCGCCAUCCCCGUCCUGGGGUUCGUCCACGGCAUCGUCACGGGCAGCACCAGAAAGAAGGCCCAAAUCCCCUACCCCCACACCUACGCGACCGUCGAACAAUGCAAGGCUGAUCCCAAAGCCGAGCAAUUCAACUGCGCCCAGCGCGCGCACGCCAAUUUCUUGGAGAACUCCUCCCAGACUAUGCUCUUCACGCUGGUGGCCGGGCUGAAAUACCCGCAGCUGGCGGCGGGCUUGGGCGCGGCGUGGGUGGUCUUGCGGGCGCUGUUCUUGCACGGAUACGUGUACUCGGGCAAGUCGGAGGGUAAGGGCCGGUACAGAGGGGGUCUGUUCUGGUUGGUGCAGGGGGCGUUGUGGUGGUUGACGGUCUUUGGCGUGGCGAAGGAGUUGUUCUAGGGGUGCACGGGUGAGGUUGGUGAGAGUGUGGGGAUGGGGAUGGGCUGCUGGUCCUGUGUAGUCUAAGGUCGUUAAUGUUCGUAAGGGA